AUGGGAUCUCUUUAUUUCGUUCUUUCUUUCCUUCUUUCCUUCUUUCUUUCUUUCUUUCUUUCGUUCUUUCUUUUUUUAAUUUUUUUUCAGUUCUUUCAUUUUCUUUCUUUCUUUCGUUCUUUCUUUCGUUCUUUCUUUUUUCGUUCUUUCUUUCUUUAUUUUCUUUUAUUUCUUUUUUUCUUUUUUCUUUCGUUCUUUCUUUUCUUUCUUUCUUUUAAAUUUUCUUUUCUUUCGUUUUUUUCUUUCUUUCUUUCUUUCUUUCGUUCUUUUCCUAUAUCUUUUCUUAUCUAUCUAUCUAUCAAUCUAUUAUUCUCAUCCCUUCAUAUCUCUCUCUCUCUGAAUAUUUAUCUAUCUAUCUAUCUAUCUAUCUAUCUAUCUAUCUAUCUAUCUAUUUCAUCUGUUAAUGUCCUACUCAUCUCUCUCUAUCUAUCUAUCUAUCUAUCUAUCUAUCUAUCUAUCUAUCUAUCUAUCUGUUUCAUUUGUUCAUUAUCUGUUUCAUUCUAUUCAUUAAUCUAUCUAUAUAUCUAUCUCAUUUUAUUCAUCAUCUAUUUAUAUCAUUCUUUUCAUUCGCCAUUUCAUGUUCAUUAUCUAUCUCAGUCUGGUCAUUAUCUAUCUAUCUAUCUAUCUAUCUAUCUAUCUAUCUAUCUAUCUAUCUAUCUAUCUCAUUCUGUUCAUCUCCUAUCUAUCUAUCUAUCUAUCUAUCUAUCUAUCUAUCUAUCUGGCAUUCAAUCUAUCUAUCUCAGUCUGUUAAUCUCCUACUCAUCUAUCUAUCUAUCUAUCUAUCUAUCUAUCUAUCUAUCUAUCUAUCUAUCUAUCUAUCUCAUUUGUUCAUUAUCUGUUUUAUUCUAUUCAUUAAUCUAUCUAUCUAUCUAUCUAUCUAUCUAUCUAUCUAUCUCAGUGUGUUCAUUAUCUAUCUAUCUAUCUAUCUAUCUAUCUAUCUAUCUAUCUCAGUCUGUUCAUUAUCUAUCUAUCUAUCUAUCUAUCUCUAGUCUGUUCAUUAUUAUCUAUCUAUCUAUCUAUCUAUCUAUCUAUCUAUCUAUCUCAUUCUGUUCAUCUCUAUCUAUCUCAUCUAUCUAUCUCAUCUAUCUAUCUAUCUAUCUAUCUAUCUAUCUAUCAUUCAAUCUAUCUAUCUCAGACCCGCUAGAACAGGACAGUCAUCUCUCGUUCAGGGCAGUCGUCUCUUGUACAGGACGGUCGUCGCUCAGCGUCCCCGUCGGCUCCAUCGCAUCCCACAUCGCCAAAGCCUUCAGACACACUCAUUUUAUAGAUCAUGCCGAAGCAGCCGAUUGGUUGAGUGGAAGAGUUUUACAUAUGCGUAGGCGUACUUCGCCAAUUUUUCUUUCCUUCAACUGCUCUGCGACACCGUGGUUUUUUUUCGGACAUGAUGUCGAGUAUCUUGCUCACGACAAUCACUCUCCUCCCUGA